AGUCAACCUGCUAAACAUUUAGCAAACUACCACCUACCAAUACUAAACAAAACCUGUGAGAGAGACAACCUACAACCAUGGCGUCUGUUUUAGAUGCUCUUUGGGAGGACAGAGACGUUAGAUUCGACAUAACAGCACAGCAGAUGAAAACCCGACCAGGAGAGGUGCUGAUUGAUUGCCUGGACUCAAUAGAGGACACGAAAGGCAACAACGGUGAUCGAGGACGGCUCUUGGUGACAAACCUGAGAAUCAUCUGGCAUUCAUUGGCCCUCCCUAGAGUCAAUUUGUCUGUUGGUUACAACUCCAUCAUCAACAUCACAACAAGGACAGCUAACUCAAAAUUGAGAGGCCAGACUGAAGCACUCUACAUCCUGACAAAGUCCAACAACACAAGAUUUGAGUUCAUUUUCACAAACGUGGUUCCGGGAAGUCCACGACUCUUUACUUCUGUCAUUGCUGUACACAGAGCCUAUGAGACCUCUAAAAUGUACAGGGACCUGAAAUUGCGAGCUGCUCUUAUUCAAAAUAAGCAGCUAAGACUUUUGCCCCGGGAGCAGGUGUAUGAUAAAAUUAAUGGAGUUUGGAAUUUAUCCAGUGAUCAGGGUAACCUUGGAACUUUUUUUAUCACCAACGUUCGGAUUGUGUGGCAUGCAAAUAUGAACGAGAGCUUCAACGUCAGCAUUCCUUACCUCCAGAUUUGGUCUAUCAGAAUUAGAGACUCCAAGUUUGGCCUGGCUCUGGUGAUCGAGAGUUCACGCCAGAGUGGAGGGUAUGUGCUGGGCUUUAAGAUAGACCCUGUGGAUAAGCUUCAGGAUGCACUUAAAGAAAUCAACUCAUUACAUAAGGUGUACUCUGCCAAUCCAAUCUUUGGAGUGGACUAUGAAAUGGAAGAAAAGCCGCAGCCUUUGGAAGAACUCACCGUGGAACAAGUCCCCGAUGAUGUGGAAAUUGAGCCUGAUGAGCAGACUGAUGCUUUCACUGCUUACUUUGCUGAUGGCAAUAAGCAACUAGACCGUGAGCCAGUUUUUUCUGACGAGCUGGGCCUUGCCGUUGAAAAGCUGAAGGAGGGCUUCACACUUCAAGGCCUGUGGGAAGUCAUGGGCUGAAAUAAG